AAGCCAUUUAACAGUCAAGGUUAUUUUGGUAAUUUGGUCUCCAUUUGGUUUCCGAAGGCAACCAAAACCCUGCACUAGAAACCAAGAAAUUGAACGAUUUCAAUUUCACAAAUGGAAGCAUAUUGAAAUCUGAGAAAGAAAUUGAACGAUUUCAUUCUGUUCGAUCUCUCGGAAUUCAAAGCUGUACUUUGUUUUUUCGCCAUGGCUGCACCGUUUUUCUCAACGCCUUUCCAACCUUACGUCUACCAGAGUCCGCAAGAUGCUGUGAUACCUUUUCAGAUUUUGGGUGGUGAAGCUCAGGUGGUUCAGAUAAUGUUGAAGUCACAAGAAAGGAUCAUUGCAAAACCUGGUUCCAUGUGCUUCAUGUCUGGGUCCAUUGAAAUGGAAAAUGUUUAUGCCCCUGAAAAUGAAGUAGGUAUGUGGCAAUGGCUUUUCGGGAAGAGUGUGAGUAGUAUAGUUUUUCGUAAUCCUGGUCCAAGUGAUGGGUUUGUUGGAAUUGCCGCACCUUCUCUUGCGAGAAUUCUCCCGAUUGAUUUGGCAAUGUUCAGUGGAGAAAUUUUAUGUCAGCCAGAUGCAUUCCUUUGCUCCAUCAAUGAUGUGAAGGUCAGUAAUACAGUUGAUCAGAGGGCACGUAACAUCAUCACUGGUGCAGAGGGAUUUCUGAGGCAGAAGCUAUCCGGCCAAGGACUUGCAUUCAUAGUUGCGGGUGGAUCUGUUGUACAGAAAAUUCUUGAAGUGGGUGAGGUAUUAGCUGUUGAUGUAUCUUGCAUUGUUGCCCUGACAACCACUGUCAAUGUUCAAAUCAAGUACAAUGGUCCUAUGAGAAGAGCUGUUUUUGGGGGUGAGAAUCUAGUAACAGCUGUUCUAACCGGACCAGGCAUCGUCUUCAUCCAGAGUUUACCCUUUCACCGACUCUCUCAGCGCAUUGCCAGGGCUGUUACAUCCCCCAACAUGAGGGAAAAUCCGAAGUUCUUCAUUCAGAUAGCCAUUUUCUUUUUUCUGGCAUAUGUGGUGAUUGUAUCUUCAUUAAUCUUGACCGACGUUUGAACUAUACUUCUUUUUCUUUUUUUUUUUGGCCCUCCAAUUUCUUCUAAAACAACCCAUAUUAUAUUCUCGGUUCUUGAAGUUAUUGGCCCAAAAGGUUUUCUGGACUAAAGAUUUUGGUCAGAUAGGUUGUCCUAGAGUAGGCAACUUGGGGAAAUUGUUGAAAGCAUGCGUAAUAUCCGAGUUGGACUAGAUUUACUCAAUCUGCUUAUGGGAAAGCCAACAUAUUACACAUUGUCCUAUAUUUGUGGCCUGGUUUUAGAAAUUCAUAGAAAACUUGUUCAUAUGCACCCUUGGACGGCAUAGAUCUCUUUGGGGGGGGUUUUUUUAAUAUUUUAUUUUAGAUCAAUUAUGUAAGAAUUGACAUGUGGCAAAUUGGCACAUAAGACGUCUAAUAUGUUUAACUUGGUACUCAAUACUAUUACUUGUUUA